AUGCAAAUCAAAGAUGAAGGAGCAUUGACAUUCCCAAGGAAGUUGAAAGGAGAUCCCAACAAAAGACCGAGGGACAAGUAUUGUCGCUUUCAUCGGGACCAUGGGCAUGACACUGCCAACUGCUACGACCUGAAGCAGCAGAUUGAGGCACUGAUCAGACAGGGAAAGUUACAAAGGUUCGUCAGCAAGGAAAAGACCGACAAACCGGAAGAGCAGACCCCACGACGGGAGAACGAGCGCCCCAGACCACCAAUAGGGGACAUUCGGAUGAUAAUAGGGGGCACAGUUGCAACCGGGUCUUCCAAAAUAGCCCGCAAAACCUACCUUAGGACGGUUCAUAGCGUCCAACUCACAGGAUCCGUACCGAAGAUGCCACGAAUAGGUUACCCCGUCAUACACUUUUCAGAGGAUGAUGCUCGGAGACUUCACCAUCCUCAUGACGAUGCACUGGUGGUCAGCCUACAGAUUGGGGAUUAUAAUAUGCAUCGGGUACUCGUCGACAACGGCAGCUCAGCGGACAUCCUGUACUAUCCAGCAUUCCAGCAGAUGAGAAUUGACAGGGAACUAUUGUCCCCAACGAACGCCCCACUCGUAGGAUUUGGGGGCGCAAAGAUAUUCCCUUUGGGCGCAAUAACUGUAACAGUGACCGCAGGUGACUAUCCUCAGCAAAUCACCAAGGAAGUAACAUUUCUCGUGGUCGACUGCUCGUUCGCCUACAACGCCAUCCUCGGCCGACCAACUCUCAAUGCCUGGAAGGCGGUAACUUCGACGUACCACCUAAUGAUUAAAUUCCCGACGGAGUACGGGGUAGGAGAGCUACUGGGAAAUCAAGUCGCUGCCCGAGAGUGCUAUAUUGCCGUGAUAGAAAUGGAGGAUCAACAGCAGACGAUGUGUAUCGGGAAAUAG